CCGGGCCGGGGCUCGUGGGGCGGUGCCCGGGCAGGCGGCUGGCUAGCGCGUGCUGGGUUGCUGGAGGAAACGCUGCUGUGUGAAUGGCCCCCAGGCACUGAAAUGACUCCCAGCAUCGGACUGGCAUAACGGACCUCCCCGGAGUCCCACCGCCUGGGGCUGCGAUUGCGAUGGCAGGAGCCGUGACACUGUCGUUCCUGCGCUGUUGCACUCCCCUCUCUCUCCCCUUUCCAGGUUGACUUGCCCGCGCCCAGUGUCCGGCUGCACCGCUCCACGGAGACCCCGCGUUCUUCCUUCCCCCGCCUCGCCGCACUGUGCCGCGCCUUCCUGCUCCUCUGUGGGACACAGUGGGGAUGGCGACAGCAGUCCCGGCUCAGCUCUGGGAGGCCUUCGAGGAUGUGGCACUAUACUUCACCCGUAAGGAAUGGGAGCAGCUGCAAGAUGGAGACAAGAUGCUUUACCGAGAGCAAAUGCUGAGGAAUUACCAAGCUCUUGUUUCCUUGGGAUAUCAAGGUCCCACACCAGACUUAAUCGGCCGCAUUCAGCAAGGGGAGGUAGAGCUCUGGGUCUAUGAUGAUGAGGAACCUGGAGAAUGUAUAUGUUCUGAGGGCCUGUCUCCAGCACAUACUGGGAUGGUGAGCAGAGCGGACCAGUGGCCUCCUGAGGAAGAUCCUGCAAAUCUGGAGGUGGUUUCAACCAGGAACCAGCUACCUAUGGCAUGGGAACAGAGAGCAGCUGAGCUCCAAAAGAGUCUGACAUAUAGGGAAGGAUUCAAGAGACAGAGAGACUCCAGGAGCUAUGAGAGCAGGACUCGCAGAGGCGAAGUGUUGUAUAUAUGUGGAGAGUGUGGUGAGAGCUUUGGGGACCAACAGGAGCUGAGGGUGCACCGGGAGACCCACAAGAGGGAGAUGGUCCACCCCUGCACGGAGUGUGGGAAGAGCUUCCGUUAUAAAUCCUGUCUCAUCAAACACCAGAGAAUGCACUCGGGGAAGGGCCCCCACCUCUGCCUUCAUUGUGGGAAGAGCUUCAUCCAGCUGUCUUGCUUCCAAGUGCACUGUCAUAUGCACUCUGGGGAAAAGAUGUACCCAUGUACUGAUUGCGGGAAGCGCUUCAACAACCCAUCCCACCUCCAAGUACACCAGCGUAUCCACACCGGGGAGAAGCCGUACCGUUGUGGCAACUGUGGGAGGAGCUUCACACAGAGCUCUGCUCUCACCACACACCAGCGCGUCCACACUGGGGAGAAGCCAUAUCAUUGCCCUGAGUGUGGAAAAAGCUUCCGGCAGAGCUCUGCUCUAGCCCAGCACCAGUAUGUCCACACUGGAGAGAAGCCCUACUGCUGCCCUGAGUGUGGGAAAAGCUUCAACCACCCAUCCCACCUGCGAGUCCACCGGCGCCUCCACACGGGGGAGAAGCCACACCUCUGCCCUGUGUGUGGGAGGAGUUUCAGUGAUCCAUCCUAUCUCCGAGUCCACCUGCGCACGCACACAGGGGAGAAACCCUACCACUGCCCAGAGUGUGGGAAGAGCUUUGCCCGCCCGGAUCUCCUCCGUGUCCAUGUGCUCACACACACAGGGAAGAAGCCAUAUAGCUGUGCCCAGUGUGGGAAAAGUUUCACCCGCCCAGCCUUCCUCCGAGCCCACUUGCACGUCCACAGUGGAGAGAAGCCAUACCGGUGUGCCGAGUGUGGGAAGAGCUUCCAUGAUCCAUCUCACCUCCGGCUCCAUGGGCGCAUACACACAGGGGAGAAGCCAUAUCACUGUGUAGAAUGUGGGAAGAGCUUCAACAGCCCGUCCCACCUCCGUGUCCACCAGUACGUUCACACUGGGGAGAAGCCAUACAGCUGUGCUGAGUGUGGGAAGAACUUUGGCAGCCCGUCCUAUCUCCGUGUGCACCAGCGCAUCCACACUGGAGAGAAGCCAUGCCACUGUGCCAAAUGUGGGAUGAGCUUCAGGGAUCACUCAGCUCUUAACAAGCACCAGCGAACCCACAGACCAGACCCUAGCCAUUCGACAGGGGCCAGUUUCUGCCAGCUCUUGCCUCAUCCUCUUCCCCACAGCCUGUACCCUGAACUGGGGGUGGGAGAAAUGUCCUGAAAUGUCCCCCACCUCCCCAUUCACCAGACCCUGGGUUUGCAUGGCCCUGGGCACAGGGAUGUUCUCUCAGCAAUCGAGGACCCAAUAGUGGGGUUAAUGAACUGAAGCUGGGAUACAGGAGAUGACUGGGCUCAAGGAUACACUUCAGGAGCUCUGGUUUCUCCCAGCUCUGUUAUCCAUAUUUCAACAUCCAAGGACCCUUCUUCAAGUCCCACUACUGCAGGGUUGAGGAAGAGGAGGAACAAGACAGAUUUUAUUCACUUUCAUUUGGCUGAUCAAGCCACUAGUCUUCAAGUUGUGUCCAUAGUAAUGCUAUGGUCCUUUUCACUGUGUAGUAGUCCUCCUCUCAGUGGUCUGUUACUGUGUGGUAAUGCCGUGCUCUAUCAGGCUUUCUUGUGGAAGGAUCUUAGGUGGGAACCAUAAGAUUAAAGUGUGGGUGAUCUUUCUUACCCAAUUUAAUUUAACUGCAAGAUAGAUUAAGGGGAAGGUGGGGGUAAGGCUGCCUUGAGGCUGAAGUAAGAGAAGGAGAAAACUUUCCCACAGUAACUGUGUUCUGCCAGAGCGUGAGAAUCUCUCCAGCAAACACCAUCCCAGGAGCCAACUGCAAAGAGCAUGGAGCCAUUCAGAUAGUAGCGUGCACAGCCCAUACAUCUUUCCCCCUCCCCCCAAAGGGUUCAAGGUGAUGUAGUUCUCUGAACAGACUCAGGUGCCCACUUUGUGGGGGAGGGGGACAUGAACAUGAAUAAGAGCCAUUGCCACUGGUGUAUUUGGGAUAAUUGCUGGUUUUGUGGACAUAAUUAUGGUAGUCUGGGAAGGUUUUGCAUACGGUGGUUUGUAGGGUGCCAUCCAAGAUAUGAAUUGUGAUUAUCUAGAAAGUUGAUAUUUAUUAAUGUAAAAAUAUUCUGGUGCAAGUUUGAUCAAGGGGUGCUAGUUGUUGAACCUAUAGUGGAAAUCAGUGAGUCCAACUGUUCGAUUCAGGUGAUGAAAAUCAUUUAUGUUUACCUGGUUAAGAGUGCAGGUUUGAUUGUUGAAAAUGAAGCUGCUCUGUGUGAGGAUUAAAUGGACAUGAAGUUGCAGAUCUAACUGUAGUCUGUUUUCUAGUAGAUAUUUCAGGCAGGCAGCUGUGUCUUCAUGGUGUGGAAUAUUAGUGUACAGGGUGCUGACAUCCAUGGGUGCAAGUAUGGCCUUCUCAGGAAGGUAGAUGAUAAUCUCAGUUUUGUUGAGGAAGUCUGUUGUCUUGCAGAAAAGUUGCUCUUUGGGUGACAAGUGGUUUUAGGAUAGUUUCUGUGAACUCUGCUACUCUUCAGUGAGGGUACCAUGGUUGGAUCAUAUAAUGGUCUACCAAAGUCAUCUUAUUCGUGGAUUUUUAGGAGUAUAUAGAAAGCUCGUGGAGGUGGAGAGUGGGGGAUAAGUGGAAGUAGUUUUUCCUUAAACUGGUACAGAAAGGGUUUAAUAAUACACUCCAGUUCCAGAGUAAAUACUGGUGGGAGAACCUCCUGAAGUUCUUCGUAGUAACUGGUGUUACAGCUUUGUCCAAUGGUUUGAUUUACUAUUUCAGUGUUGGAUCUUAGGGACUAUAUAACCUUUCUUUCUGAGAGAGAGAGGGAGAGAGAGGUUAUCGCUAUCCUGGCUUUUCUUCAGGAUCUGCUGUUAGCUUUCUUCCUGAAACAGUCAGUGAAAUAGUCCAGCAUGUGAUUCGCUCUGCUGGGAAGUGUUUAAUCCAAUGUGAUUUUGUUGUUGUUGUUUGUUUUUAUCUGUUGUGGCAAGAAAGUUGUCAGAGGUGGUUCUGUCCUGGUUGUGGAAGUAUUUUCAGGCAAAGUCUGCAGAACAAUUCUUCUAAUUCUCCAAAUAUUAGUAUCUUGUCAAGUUGUUCCUUUGGGCAGAAGUUCAAGGCCUUUGAAGAGCACAGAUACUUCCAAGUGGGAUGAGGAGGGUGUUAAUGAUGUAGGUGUUCUAGGUGAUGCUGUUUUGAUUCUUCCCGGCAUUGCUGGUGUGCUGCCUAUGAGGACUUCUGUUGUGGUAGCCAAUUCCCCUUUUUUCUUCUUAAGCUGGAUGGCUGUCAUCAGGUAUUUUUGGUGGUAUGUUUGGGUCUGCUGUAUAGUAAUCAUUUAUGUCUCUAGGUUGAUCUGUCUUAAGUAGCAUAAGUAAGUAUUGUUACCAGACUUUAAUAUUAGACUUCAUAAGAAAUCCUAAAAUGCUUAGACAGCAAUAGUUUGUUCUCUGAAGAGAGUCUGAGCACAGCGAUUUGCAAUUUCAAGCAUGCAACAAACAACAGAAAAACUCUGCCUAAGCUAAGACACAGCCCAAUAAGACACAGUAACAACAUACAAUUUAGCCUAACUUCAAAUGUAACAUAAGCCAAAAAGACAACAGAAAGCCUUGCAUAGAUAUUAUGUAAUCCUGAGGGAAGAACGUCUAAUUGCAGCCAGGUUUUUGGAAGGUCUUUCUGGGAAUCUGCAGAUCUGGGCAGGUGAGGAGGAGAUCCCACAGACCUCAUCUUUACCUGGGUUCUCUUAUAGGUGAUCCGUGCCACCUCCUCUCCGUUUAGUGCCUUGAUAAUAGUAUGCUUUUUACAUCUGCCAUGUAUCACAUACCUCUCAUAACUCACAUGUUCAAUGUCUUUGUCUCUUCUCAGGUAUUCCAGCCUCUCACCUCUUAGGUUCCGCUUUGAAAUGUAAAUGUAGCUCCCUGCAUGUAGCUUUAGAAUCAGUAAAAAGGUUUGCAAUCAUUAUGAUUGUGCCAGGCCUUUGCUAACAUAUCCUGUUUUAAGUUUAUCCCUUUUAGAGUAGGUUAGAUGAAUAAAAUGUUUUCUCAGUUUUUCUGUGCAGGAGAACCUCAGUUGUGCUGCAUAUAUGGAGUUGUGAGUGUUGGCUAAAAGUUGCAGAUGAGUCUCCUUGGAAUGAUGUUAGGUUUCUUGUACAAGCUUAAGAAAAUGUCAUGCACUCUGCCUUCUCUUUUCUUUAGGUUUUGGAUUUUCUAUGUGAGCAGUAGACUUCUAUAUCUUCCAUGUUAUGGUGGUGUUAAAGUGAUGAUGUAACCAUAAUGGUCAAGAAAUUAUGUGAGGGGCAAGUAUUUUUGUGGGUGGUAUCUUCUAUUGGACCAGCUGCAUGGUUGAGCUUUUCUCCCAGACCCGAAAAAGAAUGCCGUGUAUUUGAAAGCUUGUCCCAAGUAAUUAGGGAAGACUUUAUCAUUGCCUGCCACCUCUUGCCUCCUGGGAUUGCUGCUUGGCAUAACUGCUGCUCCACCGCUCAGUGGUCAUGCCACCCCAUUGCUCCACGGUCUGGAUCAGUGUGGAGGUCAUGUCACUUGCUGCCGUCACCACUAUCACAGCUUUGGGGAUCGCAACCUCAGGUUUGCCAACACUGCUGCUGUUCUUGAGAGCACCACUGCACUUGCCUCCUGACUCAGAGGAUCGCCGCUAGGUUAGCUGCCCUGUGGCCACCACGGCUGUCACUGCAUCACACAGGGGAGUUCUGCUUUUGGGACCACUGCUGCCAACCUGUGGAGCAAUGCUAAGAUGUAGCCUUUUGAAAUCACUGCUCUGCUGCUUGCUUUGAGGAGUGCUGCAUGGGGUUGUCACUUGUGCUGCUCACCACUCUGGGUUGUUGUCUGCUGUUGCUUUGUAAGUGCUUCUGGGAUCUCUAGCUGCUGGUACAGAGAGCACCCCUUCUGAGAUGUUAGCUCUUGGUCUCAGUGCCACAACUCAGUUGUCUAUUACUAUUGAAGGUCUUACCAGCCUCAGUAAGAAUGCCUUCAAAGGAGGACUCCACAGUGUAGUCUCCUUGGGCUCUCUCCCUUUAAAAAAAAAAAUCAUGUGUUGUUGGACUUAACUCAGGGUACAGUGUGUUCUCACAUCCCCAUGAUCCCUAUGCAGCUGAGAUCAGGAUAUGCACGUGCUGACUGACCCCGAGAUCAGGAUUCUCUUUGUACAGAUCCCACAUGAGAAACCUGCUAGGGCGCCCACUAGGAGAUGUGCCAGUGCUUGGAAGGAGCUGGGAGAAAUGUGUAGGUGCUUGGGUGAUAAGAACCUUGUGGGAAUUGGGUGCCUAGAUGGGGCCUGGAGAUCUGAUUCCAUUGUGCCCAGUUAAACACUGGACUGGCCUUUUAAGAUGGGGGAAACUCUGCUGCGUAUAUUCUGGGUGCAGAGAAUGAGUGGUGAGGGGGUGGGAAGGAUCAAUGACUGGGGGAGAUAAAAGGGCAGCCUGAGGCUAGACAAAGGACCAAGGGUGUUGGGAUUAGGGGUUAGGGGAUGGGUUGGAAUUGGUGGGUGGGCAUGGAUGUGGUUGUUGGGGUUGAGGGGAGUGGGGGUGGAGUAGAGGUUAGGGUUGCAAUAAAGGGGUUAGGAGUUAAGUGUUAGGAUUAGGGUUUCCUCCUGAAUAUUUGGGACCAAUAUAGAAUAUGUAGAUAUUGUAUCCUUUUUAUUAAGUUUAUAGAUACUGACAACUUCAUUUUUGCAGUCAUUGCCUAAUUUUCUUUGUAUGUAUGCAUAUACUCUCCAUCUUUGCUGAAUGAACAAAAUCAAAUCUAAGUGUCUUACCAGGACCAGCCACUGGCUGUCACUGCUGCUCCUGGCUAAGCGAGCAGCCCUUUGCAGUACCCAAACCACUGGAUGUUACUGCUGCUCCAUAUAGGGAUUAAAACACAGCCUUUGCUGGCCUCUAAGUGGACCCCAAGUGUCACUGCUGCCCCACAUGGAGGUGAGGAUGUAAUUCACCCUGCCUAGUCUAACUAGAAGUGGUGCAAUCACUAGGAAAAAAUGUUUAUUUAUUAAUUUGCAAUAAAGGGACUGAACACCAAGGUCAAAGAUCAGUCACUAGUGUUGUUUCAGGUAUCAGGCCCCAGUCUCUCUUCCCCAAACCCCAUGUCCUUUUAACAUGCUGGUUUCUACAGAUUCCUUAUCCUCUGCGUGUGUUUGGUUUGUGUGGGGACUUGCCUGAGUGUGAAGCAGGGUUGUGAGAAUGAAUAGGGAUAGGAGGGAAUAUGAGGGAAGGCAUAAGCAUAAUCCUGUGGGCUAUAGCAUAACAAUAACAAUGGAAACAGCCCUCUGCCCCAUUUGAGAGGGCAAACCUUGACUCCCUAGUACAGCAUGCCUUCUAGCCUGGGUACCUUGUGAGAUCCCUGAGCCUCACUACUCCUAUGAGCAGCAAAACAGACAGUCAAGCAUCCCUGGGUGGCUCUACAAUCUACCUGUAGGCACCAACUCCUUUUUAUGGAGGAGGUGAUUGUGUGUUAUAAAGUGAAGUUGGAUUGGGUAGAAGGGUGUUCUUUUAGACCAGAGGCAGCAGAGUAGGGUGGGAGCAGCCUGGACUGCUUUUGAAAUUGGGGGAUUUGGAAGCAGACUGUUUUGCUGUACAUUCUUUUAAAAUUGUUUGCUUCUGUAACUUUUGUCUCUUAUUGGAACCUGCCCUGAGCCUUUAUUGGGCAGGGUGUCAUAUCAAUCAAAUCAAUCAUUUCUCUCCAGACAGGACUUGAAUCGAGGCUCCCAGAUUCCAGAAGCCAUUUUCUUGCCCAUAAGACAACUAGGGCAGGGUGGGAGUCGAUACAAGUGUGCAAUUAUUUCUCAACUUUAAGCCUCUGCUGACGUGCCUCCUUCAAGGACCUGAUUGUCUGGGACUUUUGCUGGGGAAGGGAGAGCAGAAGUUUGUUGGUCACUUGCUGUCACCAAGGACACUCAAGAUUUUCUUAUCUUUGCAACAUUAGUGGGAAGAAGAAAUAAUUCAGUCAGAGACUUGCUCUGUAGUUCAUGGUUCUGACAUGCUGCUGGCAACCCUGAGGGCUGGUUCAUUAUGGAGGUAGACCCUCUAGAAUUACUAAAUCGCCCUGUCUUGGUACACCACCAAAAGACAUGGGAACACUAAAGGGAGCAGCAGGGACCUGGGAAUGAGGGGAAAUAAGGGCUGGAGCUAAAAGCUCAGGAGGUGGACAGAAAACUAAAGAGCAGAGACCUGAGGCAACAUGAGGCCUCCACACUUUCCGAUUUGCCUUGCUGCAGCCCAUGGAUUUCUAUUUUUUUUUCUUUUUUUCCUCUGCUGUUUAUGAAGUUAAUCACUACUGGGGCUAUGAACAGUGUAUACAACAGUGAAAGCAGGCUCUAGGACAGUGAACUAAAUCCCCCUAUACAGGCUGGCUGCAAAAGCGAGAGUAGUUCCAAAAGUAGCCACAAAUGGGCAGUGUGUUGGGCAGGAAGGAGGGUAAUUUCCCCUGUCAUUUGGUGAUGAUAAUGAAUGCAUAGAGCAAGCUAAGUAGCACUAUUCCUUGACAGUGCUGCUUAAUUUGAAGUGCCAUGUGGGCAAGUGCCCUUUAUGUGUUAGAAGGCAGUCUAUCCACAAUGCACUUGGGGAUGCUGAUCAGGAACACAGCUUUCUGUGGAAGCAUGACCAAGGUGUGUUUGGAAAGGGGAGCCUCAAAGGUAGAGGUCAUUUUCUCCUAGUAAUGGAGCUGGAUAGUUCCCAGUGCAUUUCUCUGAACCCUUUUGAAAUGAGCCUGAAGGGCAGAAACCAGGAGAUCUCAAUGGUUCAUGGUAGGUGACCUGGCUUCAGCUAUGGGAUAUGUUGCUUGCAAUAGUGGGGGGCUGCAUUCAACACCCCAUGAGGACCCUUCUAGCCUUAUGCCAGCUGAGACAAGAGCCUGAGCCUCUCUACUCUGAUAAUGUAUUUGAAGCCAAAAAGUCCGGUUCAGUGUCUAUUGAGAUCUGCAUGAGUUGAGUUAGUAAGAACAGAGCUCCAAGAUUACCCCCCAGCCUCUGAAUGGUGGAGCUGAGCACAUGUCUAGGUCACUGGCUUGUGUCAUACUUGUGUCUCUUUUGAUGGUUAGUGUUAGUGUAGCUAUAAUCCCUGCAAGGGUGCUACUUGAGAGUGCUUGACAAGGGAGGCUAAUGUCAUUAUCCCCACUUUGCUACUGGGCACAACACAGAACCAGCUGGCUGCAAGUGAACAGGGAGCUAGAAGCCAAAGGCUAGGAGCACUCAUAGCAGAGCUAGCUGAUCUGCAGGUAGGACAACAGGACAGAGCCUAGCCUGGGUCGCAAGGAUGUUGCUAGAAAAGAAGUUGCAGGCUGCUAUGGAGACCAGCUGUCAGGCCCUGAUGAGAAACCCCUGAAAGGGGUUGGGGAAGUCACCUGACCGAAGGAGCAAGGCUUGGGGAAGCAUAUAAACCCAGGACUUGAAUCAGGCAGACAGUCUGGCCUUGGAGAUGGUUUAGGAAAGGGCUCCAGAGGGGGAGGAGCUUCUGAGAUAUACUGCUGCUCCCCUGGACAGGCAGGUAGAUUGCUGCUAGCUGGCAGUGGAGUCGGGCUCAGGGUAGGGGAAAGUAUUGCGAGUCAGCAGAGGACCUGAUGGUUGCGGUUCAGACCCAGUGAGAAUCUGUGUUACGGCUUAGUUUUAUGUUAUAGUUAAACCAGUGGACUGGGUUGGGGACUGACAGGGGAGGUAGGAGUCCCAUUAUAGUAUGUGAAACUUGGGCCUGCCAGGGCAGAGCACAAGUUGCAGCGUAGCCUGAGAGAACCAGGGCCAGGAGCCCAGUGAGAAAGACAGGGCCGGGGUCAAAGGACCCAGCACCUGAGAGGGGCAGUGGCUAGGGUCACAGCCCCAAGACUAACAAGGCAUAUAGAAGCCAGCUGAGGCAGGAGAUGAAACUAGGGCUGAGUGCAAGCGACUCAUCUGGGGGGUGCCCGGCAUGAGGGGCACCCCAGAAGGGAAGGGAGUAGCAUGUGCCCCGGAUCUGUGUGCGGGGCAGGGUGGGCUGCCACUGUGGGCUGAGGCUACGGGACUGUGCCGGGCUGUUCCCAAGGGGGCAGGGGGCUGGGCCAUGCUGCCCUUGGGGCAUGUAGCAGCAGCACUGGGAGGGGAGGUUUGGGGGGACUACGGCAAAUGUUGGGGUGGCUGCAGCAUUCCCCCCCAACUGUAGCCUCCCUCCCAGUGCCACCGCUGCCUGCCCUGAGUGCAGCCCGACUCAGCCCCCCGCCGGAAAGAGUCUGGCGCUGCCCCAGCCCACAGCGACAGCCUGCCCUUGCCCUGCAUGCAGAUCUGGGGGCACAGACCCUCCAUGCCCUCCUGGGGUGCGUGUAGCAGCAGGAGCAGCACCCCCUGGACCCAGCCCCACUCCCUCCCUCACUGCUACAUGCACACCCCUUCGCACCCCUGCUGCAUCCACCCAGAGCCCAUGGCCAGGCUUCCUUGAGGCCCUACACACUGCCCUGAGUUUGGGGAGGCUCAGCCCCAUUAGCCCUGGCCUUCUGCUGCCUAUGGGACUAGGUCAAGAAUGGCUUUUCCUCUUGUAGUCCUGCUCCAGGAAACAGUCUUUUAUAAUGUCAAGAAAUUUGGUCUCAGCCUAAUGGCCUGAUUUUUAGAUUGACCCAAUCUAUUUUUGUAUAGUUGAAGUCACUCGUUAUUACUGUUUUCUGCUUUCACAGCCUCUCAACUCCCUUUCUAGAUUGCUGCUGUCAUCCUGGUCAAGGGGUCAAUAGUGUAUCCCUAGAUGUACUUUUUUUUCCUACUGAAACAUAGAAUUUCUAUCCAAAGAGUCUAUGCCACCUCUUUUAUCAGUUGAAAAAUCUAGCCUAUGUAAUUUGAUGCAGUCUUUGAUGUAGAAUGCCACUCCUGUAUGACCUAUUCCAUCAUUCCUGUAUAAUUUAUAUCUUGAUAUUACAACAUCCCAUUGAUUUCCGCCCCACCCGCCCCCCUCAU